UAAUAAUAACAAUAAGAUAUCGCAAAGAUCAAAGCAAAUGAAUUCGACAGAAAUCUGAGAUUCGGCAAUAUAUAAAAGACGGGUUAUGUUCACCUAAAUUGUGUUUGGUAAAGACUGUCACUAUAUGUACUGAACCAGUCUUCGGCUUAUACCCACUGAAGAAGAGCAUUCAGGGGAGAUAAUUUAGUAAUGACUUAAUUCUGGAACGGUUGCGAAGAAAAACAAAUAAUGCGAGAAUAUUUAGUGCGAUUCGCUACACAAUUAUGAUGUCAUUGAUAUAACUUUUCCUGAGAUGAUGCACAGUACAUUACAUUUACAGACAAUGCCAUGUUGGUCGAUACCACACUCUUCAUUCAAGAGGCAGCUUUAGUGACAACAUGUCUUCUGGGAGACCAUCUAUUGAAGAGUUCAGUUACUAGACAACGUUACGUGGUGGCGGUGUGUGACAGUGUAACUCAUGGUCUCAUAGGCGGAAUAUCAUGGGCUAUACUCACAAAUGCAACACUGUGCCGUACUGACCUGUUCCAGUGCCUUGUAGCCAUGAUGUUGUCAAUGAUGGUGGAUGUGGACCAUUUCCUUGCUGCAGGAUCAUUAAGUCUCAAGGCAGCACUUUCACUCCCGUCCAGACCGCCAUUUCAUGCUUCAACAGUGAUCCUAGUAACAGACAUCAUCUUGCUCACCCUAGCAACCAUUUUGAAGUCUCAUAGACUCGUUACUAUGGCGAUGAUGUUCACCAUGUCCUGGUUCUCUCACCACCUGCGGGACGCGGAGAGAAGGGGCCUGUGGUUCUACCCCCUGGGGAACACUCCGCCCCUUCCAAAGACAGUUUAUAUUGGGAUUAUCGUUUGCAUGACAAUAGUUUUUAGAUAUUUAUUCCUGUAUUAUGUAAGGCCUAUAGCAAGAGAAAAAAUUGUUCAAACUGAUGGAAUUGUUUGAAGAAUAAAAUCUGUGAUAUGAUUUGUGAUAACAUCUUAUUUGUUUUGAAAAGUAUACGUGUACGCAUAAUAUAUUCAAUUAGUUUGAUUUUUGUUAGGUACCAAUGAAACCUUUUUUGUCAACGUUGUCUAAAAUUGUUUUGGAUAUUGAAGAAGAAAUACGUUUAAAAUAU